AUGCUUACAAGGAACUGCUUAUCCCUGCUUCUCUGGGUCCUUUUUGAUGGAGGUCUCCUAACGCCACUGCAUCCACAACCACAGCAGACUUUAGAAGCAGAGCCAAGAGAAAAUGUUGUCCCAGUGCCAGGGAGGAGGUCAUCUGCCCAGCGAGUCAAGCGAGGCUGGGUGUGGAAUCAGUUUUUUGUGCUGGAGGAGUACAUGGGCUCCGAACCCCAGUAUGUGGGAAAGCUUCAUUCUGACUUGGACAAGGGAGUGGGCACUGUUAAAUACACCCUUUCAGGAGAUGGUGCAGGCACAGUUUUUACUAUUGAUGAGACCACAGGCGACAUUCAUGCUAUAAGGAGCCUAGAUCGAGAAGAAAAACCUUUCUACACACUCCGGGCGCAGGCUGUGGACGUUGACACCAAGAAACCACUGGAACCUGAAUCCGAGUUCAUCAUCAAGGUGCAGGACAUUAAUGAUAAUGAGCCAAAGUUCCUAGAUGGGCCUUAUGUUGCCAGUGUUCCAGAAAUGUCUCCAGUGGGUGCAUAUGUGCUUCAAGUAAAGGCUACAGAUGCUGAUGAUCCCACCUAUGGAAACAGUGCUAGAGUGGUUUACAGCAUUCUUCAGGGGCAGCCGUAUUUCUCCAUUGAUCCGAAGACAGGUGUAAUAAGAACAGCUUUACCAAAUAUGGACAGAGAAGUUAAAGAACAAUAUCAAGUUCUUAUCCAAGCCAAGGACAUGGGAGGACAGCUGGGAGGAUUAGCUGGUACUACCACUGUAAACAUUACUCUCACAGAUGUCAAUGACAACCCACCCAGAUUCCCUAAGAGUAUCUUCCAUUUGAAAGUACCUGAAUCCUCACAUGUUGGUUCUGCUAUUGGAAGGAUCAGAGCUGUGGAUCCUGAUUUUGGGAAAAAUGCAGAAAUUGAGUACAACAUCGUUCCAGGAGACGGAGGCAACUUGUUUGAAAUCACAACAGAUGAGAACACCCAGGAAGGAGUCAUCAAAUUGAAAAAGCCAUUAGACUUUGAAACAAAAAAGGCCUACACCUUUAAAGUCGAGGCCUCCAAUCUCCAUCUUGACCAUCGAUUUCACUCUGUGGGUCCAUUCAAAGACACCGCCACUGUGAAAAUAAAUGUGUUGGACAUGGAGGAACCGCCGGUUUUCAGCAAGCCUAUUUACACAAUGGAGGUUUAUGAGGAUACUCCUGUGGGUACCAUUAUAGGUGCAGUGACAGCCCAAGACCUCGAUGCUGGCAGCAGUUCUGUAAGAUACUUCAUAGAUUGGAAGAAUGAUGGGAAUAGCUACUUUACAAUAGACGCAACUGAAGGAACCAUUGCUACUAAUGACUUACUGGACAGAGAAAGCACAGCACAGUACAAUUUCUCUAUAAUUGCAAGUAAAGUUAGUAACCCACUAUUAACCAGCAAAGUCAACGUUAUAAUAAAUGUCCUGGAUGUCAACGAGUUUCCUCCUGAAAUCUCAGUUCCCUAUGAGACAUCUGUAUGUGAAAAUGCCAAACCGGGACAGGUAAUACAGACCAUUACUGCAGCAGACAAAGAUUUGUCACCAGCUGGGCAAAGGUUUUCCUUCAGACUGUCACCUGAGGCUUCCAAUAAACCAAAUUUCACAGUCCAUGACUACAGAAACAACACAGCUGGGAUAGAAACCAGGAGAAAUGGCUACAGCAGAAGACAGCAAGAGCUACAUUUUCUUCCAGUGGUGAUAGAAGACAGCAGUUACCCUGUCCAGAGCAGCACAAACACGAUGACUAUCCGGGUCUGCAGGUGUGAUGCUGACGGUACCAUCCUGUCCUGCAACGUGGAAGCAAUCUUCUUGCCAGUGGGCCUCAGCACAGGCGCGCUGAUCGCAAUCCUGUUGUGCAUUGUUAUACUUCUAGUCAUUGUGGUACUGUAUGUAGCACUGCGGAGGCAGAAGAAAAAGGAUACCCUGAUGACCUCAAAAGAAGAUAUCAGAGAUAAUGUUAUCCAUUACGAUGAUGAGGGAGGUGGAGAAGAGGACACCCAGGCUUUUGACAUAGGUGCCCUGAGGAAUCCCAAAGUUAUUGAAGAUAACAAAAUACGCAGGGACAUAAAACCAGACACCUUGCGUUUUCCGCGUCAGAGACCACCAGCGGAAGAUAAUACAGACAUAAGAGAUUUCAUUAAUCAGAGGCUGCAUGAAAAUGAUGUGGAUCCAGCUGCGCCCCCUUAUGACUCCUUGGCAACAUAUGCCUAUGAAGGAAACGGGUCUGUUGCAGAGUCUCUCAGUUCUAUAGAGUCACUGACGACAGAGGCAGACCAGGAUUACGACUAUCUGAGUGACUGGGGACCUCGCUUUAAGAUUUUGGCAGACAUGUUUGGAGAAGAAGAAAGUUACAACCCUGACAAAGUCACUUAA